UAUUGAAAACAAGUUUAGAAUCAGCUUUAAGAUACAAUAUUUUUAAUGGAUGUUCUUAAAACUAUUAUAAGAAGUAUGUACUGUUUAAGUGCAAUAAAAUGUAAAUACAUUUUAGAUUGUAACAUUAUGCUUUUAUGAACUCAUUUGUUUUAAAAAACAAAAACUGUUGCUAUUGACGUAUAUACUUUUGGACACUACUGUGUUUAAAAAGCAAGCUGGUUUUAUAUCCGUGUGCAUACAUAUCCGCUUGGCCACGAGCUUCUGCUGCAUUUAGCAAACUUAAAUAAUUAAACGGUAAAAUUCUAACAAUUUCAACGAAGUGAUAAUGUGAAUCAAAGCACUUAAAACAAAUUGUAGUUCAGUAGUAUUUAGCAUUCGAGCAAUAUUUAUUUCCCAAGCGCGUCUUGGAAUUGCGUAUGCGUGUGUUAGCAUCUGCGUGUGUGUGUGUUUUGGAAUGUGGCCCUGCACGAAAUUCAAAUAGUGACCAUCCUUGAUUGUACACAUGCGAGAUGGACGAGCACACUCUGAACGACCUGUUGGAGUGCUCCGUUUGCCUGGAGCGACUGGACACCACAUCGAAGGUGCUGCCAUGCCAACACACCUUUUGCCGCAAAUGCUUGCAGGACAUUGUGGCCAGCCAGAACAAGCUGCGGUGCCCGGAGUGCCGCAUCCUGGUCUCUUGCAAAAUCGACGAGCUUCCUCCAAACGUCUUACUGAUGCGAAUACUAGAAGGCAUGAGACAAAAUGCAGCGGCUGGCAAAAUCGACAGCAAAGGCGAGGAGUCCGAAACGCAGCCAGAAAGACUAAAAGUUCAGCCUUCAGCGGAAACAGUGGCCCCACCUGGUAACACGCUUCUCCAAAAGCAGACAAUUCAGCAAUCUCAGCAACCAGCUCGCCACAAACAGCGUCGGUUCCUCCUUCCCCACGCAUAUGCCCUCUUCGACUUCACCUCCAGUGAAGCAACUGAUCUGAAGUUCAAGAAGGGCGAUCUGAUAUUGCUUAAGCACCGCAUCGAUAAUAACUGGUUUGUCGGUCAAGCAAAUGGCCAGGAGGGCACUUUUCCCAUCAACUAUGUGAAGGUAUCCGUGCCGCUGCCCAUGCCGCAAUGCAUCGCAAUGUACGACUUCAAGAUGGGGCCCAACGACGAGGAAGGAUGCCUAGAAUUCAAGAAGAGCACAGUGAUCCACGUGAUGCGCCGCGUGGAUCACAAUUGGGCAGAGGGACGUAUUGGGCAGACCAUUGGAAUUUUUCCUAUUGCAUUCGUUGAGUUGAACGCAGCGGCCAAGAAAUUGCUGGAUAGCGGAGUCAACAAUCAUCCCCCGUGCCAUUCACCACACAAGCAGGGACAACGAGCGCUCCCUCCGGUUCCGGUAAUUGAUCCCACCAUUGUAACGGAGUCCAGUUCGGGAUCUACUAAUACUACGCCGGCUAGCAGUAAUUCCAGCUCCACAUCUAGCUCAAAUAAUUGCAGUCCAAAUCACCAGUCCUCAUUGCCAAACACACCUCAUCAUGUGGUGGCUUCGGGGUCGGAAUCGGUUCGUUUCCGGGACAAGGGAGCCAAGGAGAAGCGGCACUCUUUAAAUGCUUUGCUGGGAGGAGGGGCUCCUUUAAGUCUGCUCCAGACCAAUCGCCAUUCCGCCGAGAUUCUUAGUCUUCCGCAUGAGCUAAGCCGCCUAGAAAUUGCCAAUUUAUCAGCUCCCAAGCCCACAACCGCUUCGCAGUCCUCGCGCGUGCUUAAAACCAAUGUACAGCAGCAGAUGCCGCCUAGUUUGCCCUGGGGUUAUUUAGCCCUUUUCCCGUAUAAACCACGACAAACUGAUGAGCUGGAGCUUAAAAAAGGCUGUGUUUACAUUGUGACAGAACGAUGCGUGGACGGUUGGUUCAAAGGAAAAAACUGGUUAGACAUCACCGGGGUUUUUCCAGGCAACUACCUAACCCCUUUGCGCACACGUGAUCAGCAGCAACUGAUGCACCAGUGGAAAUAUGUUCCGCACAGCUCAGAGGCCCAACAGACACACACACAGCAGCAACCAGUUGCCGCAGAUGUGCGGUUAAACAAUAUGUUGCCCUUGCAGCCGCCAGAUUUGCCUCCUCGUCAGCUACAGCCCAGCGCCACCACCACUAGUAGCUCAGUUUGGUCGAAGCCAGUAGAAGUACUGUUUAGCAGAAAAUCAGAACCUAAAUCCGAAAUUACCAACGCUUCCGCCACAAACAGCAGUUCCUCCGGAGCGGUGGGACUUAUGAGGCGAUUAACUCAUAUGAAAACACGCUCAAAAUCGCCAGGAGCUCUGCUGCAGCAAGCACCUAAGGAAGUUAUCAGCUCAAACAUGGAAACGACAUCUAGACCAGCAGCUAAAUUGCAUCCAGUGCAUGUAAGAUCUGGUUCGUGCCCCAGUCAACUGCAGCACAGUCAACCGCUAAAGGAGACUCCCAUAACCAAGGCAGCUCCGCAACAGCAAUCAUUUCCACCAAAGCAACUGCCUGCUGCCACCAACAGUAGCGCCUCUUAUGGAUCGCAACGCGUUAAAGGAAAUAAGGAUCGCCCUCACUUGAUUUGCGCAAGACAAUCAUUGGAUGCGGCUACGUUUCGCAAUAUGUACAGCAAUGCCGCAUCGCCUCCGCCACCUGCCUCCUUCGUGGCUCCAGCUAUAUAUGCAGGUGGACAGCAGCAGGCGAUGCCUGGAGGAGGACCGCAAUCCCAGUUGCACGCCAAUAUGAUCAUAGCACCUAGCCAUCGGAAGUCGCACAGCCUAGAUGCGGGCCAUGUUCUGAAUCCUAACAGCAAUCUGAUUACCGAGGCGGCUAUUAAGGCCAGUGCUACCACAAAGUCAGCGUAUUGCACCAGAGAAAGUCGCUUUCGAUGCAUUGUGCCCUAUCCACCGAACAGCGAUAUUGAACUGGAGCUGCAUUUAGGCGACAUCAUUUACGUGCAGCGUAAGCAGAAAAAUGGAUGGUACAAGGGCACCCAUGCGCGCACCCACAAAACCGGACUAUUUCCCGCCUCCUUUGUCGAACCGGAUUGUUAGAUUGCCUAGGUCAAACUAGAAUUGGUUAAGCAAAAUUUCAAAUUAUUUGUCUAAAUUGUUUCAAUCGCCGGUCGAUUCGGGCUUCCAUUUUGCAAUCUCCUACUACUCUUUUUUAAAAAAAGAUACUGUUUUCUACUCACUGAAAUCACCGAUGUACUUUUUAUAAGAUCCAUAAUCAAAAAAGGUUAGCCAUGUAAGACUUAAAGAAAAGUUACUUAAGCUGUAGCAAUUAGUUAGCUAGAGAAAAAAUCUUGAGCCCUCUAUGAAGUUAUUUGUAAUAUACAAUUUUGAGUAAUA